CCCCGGCCUGCCGGCGCUCCCUCUCCCUGCUUCACCCGCACCUGCCCACAAGCUCCCCGGGGCCGCGGGUGCGGACCACGGCGAAAUUCCACGCCCCGCGGGAGUGGAAGGGGCGGCGCGCCUCCGUGGCGCUCCCAAGCUGAUGUCCCAGACUGUGCCUUGUUAGCCAAGAAGCAUGGAGGUAAUUCACGGCAGGCCCUACUGUUGCAGGGAGCUUGAAGGAGCUGACAUUCUGUCAAACACCUUUUACUCUAACGAAUUGCACACUCCACUACAAACAGCUACUCGUCCAACUGCCUCAGGGGACAGUUGGGGCGCUGAAAGGGAAUAUGGUGGAAUGAUGCCGAUUUCACUCCCUGAGGAACACAGACCAAAAUGUGAACCUCCUCGUGUCAUGGGCAAAGGACAUCAGCAUUAUGGAUUUGGUGGAGAAACCUGGCCAAGAAAGCUUCCUAUUGAACAAUUCUAUUAUUUGACACAGAACAAAAAAAGUGACAUCUAUGGAAAUGAUUCUUUGAUGCCAAAACCACCUAAUUCAACAGUAGAAGAAAUCUGUUUGCCGUAUGCAAUUGAACACCCCUACCAUACACACAUCUCUCGUGGUGCCAUGUUCCCGACCUUUACAUCACCUAAGGAACUCUGCACUGGCAUUAAAGCCCGCAACCAACAGCCAUUUCCUCCCACGGUGCCAACCAAGGCCUAUGAUACAACAGUUUUGAAGACAAGAGGUAAUCCUUACAGAUAUGAACUACUUGAUUUUCCCAUGGAUUCAAAGAAGAAAGCAUUGAGUUGGCCAGGUCAGGGUGUGUAUUAUGACUUUCCUAAAUGUGUUGAGAAAAAUAAGCCAAUAUUCUACCCAAAACCUCCUAAAACCUUCGCACCUAACACUUCUUUAAAUUCAUGGGCCUCUAUUAACUCUGCAAAAGAAGCCAACAUACAAAGAAAUCUUGAGAGGUCUCAUUGGAUCACUUCCUACACUAAUGAUUUUACAGGUCUGGGGCCCAUGAACCCCCUUGAACUGGACGAUUACCAUGAAAAGGAGGUAGCAGAGUUAACUGGACAGAUAGGAUUUGACCCAGAACCUCAAGAAAAAUUCCAUCCUGUCUUAAAAACCCCCAGGCCUCUGGAAGGACGAAUUGCCCGAUUGAUUCAGAACCGACGUCCUCUGGAAGCUAUUGUCCAGCAAAGACCACCUUCCUGUCCAGAUUGUACUCCUAGAGUUCUGUGCAAUUUUCAUACCUUUGUACCCAGUUCUACAGAAAUGAUGGCACUUGGCAAUAACACACCAGCCGGUGUGACCCAUAAACAGCAAGAUAUCGAAGAGAAGAUUAAGGAAGAACAAAGCUUGCUGUCUACCUAUACGCUCCCGUCUUGUUACCCAACAAAAGAUCUGACUAGCAUUUAUGACAUAAAACCAUUUCCCAAAAUCACGGAUACUAAAAAGACAGAAGAUUUGUACUGGAGACAGCUGUCAUUAAUACCCCAACCCAUACCUUACUGUAAAUCAAAUGAUUACCUUGACUAUGAACAUUUUAAAUCUGACAUACAUGAUCAGUAUAGUAUGUGUCAAAACCCUGUUAGCCUUAGUAAGCCUGGUAUUUUUCAGUGUAAACCAGACAUGGAAGCUUUUGCUUUAGAACAUUUUUUAUGUAAGCCGGAAGAACAGUUGGGCUUGAACAUGGAAAACAAUGAAGAAACAAGAUCUAUUCUGGGUUGGAUUCCUAGAGCUGGAGUGGCCAAACCUCACACCAAUCUGCUGGACCUUAAGAACUCUUUUUCAAAAACUGGUGCACAAAAACGUUUCCAUAAAUCAAUUCUGGAAGACCAUAGAGACCUCAGGGAUAAGGUGCAUUCAGGGAUGAAACACCAAUUCUAUGGCCAUAACUCCUACUAUUUCUAUAAUUGAAAUAUUCAUUCUUCCCUUUGAAACCCAGCCUCUUGCAAGAAAGAAAAAAAUUUAACAAUUUUCUUCAUGUUGCUGGAUUCUGUUUUCUAGAUUAAGCCAUAAUGACAUUGUUAAUGAGGUUUAUGUUUUCAGGAAUUUAAGUUAGGAUCUGGUCAGAGGAACCCAGAAAAGGUGAUGUUCUGACUUCUUGAAAAGUUUAACAAUUUGGGAAUAAAAUGUUAGAAACAGAAAAA